AUGGGAGGAUCUCAGGUGUUUACUCCAGCCAUGAUAAAGUUUAAUAAAUUUCUCAAUGAUUGUGAAGUGUUUACUAUGAACGCUUCCGAUGUUCCUUUCACUUGGUGCAAUGGGCAUCAUGAUAAUUCUGUUAUCUAUGAAAGAUUAGAUUGGGCUCUUGUUAACCCUGAGUGGAUGAUACUUUUCCCCAAUUCUGAGCUCCAAAAUCUUCCUAUUCUAAAAUCAAACCAUGGUCCCAUCCUUCUCACGUGUAAUGACACCCUUAGAAGAGUCCCAAAAGCCUUUAGAUUUGAAGCCAUGUGGUUAGCUCAUAGAGAUUUUGAUACAGUGGUCACCCAAACCUGGAAUAAUUCUUACAGUGGGAAUGCUGCUCAGAAAAUCCAAUCAUUAACCCAAGGGAAUUUACUUCUUAUCCAAGAACAGUUGGCCCAGAAUCCCUACAACCUUUAUCUCUUAGACAAAGACCUCAAGUUAAAUACUGAUUUGAAGAUUUUGCUUGAGCAAGAAGAAGUUUUCUAUGCCCAGAAAGAUAGAGCUAAUUGGCUCCAGCUUGGUGACAAAAACACCAAAUAUUUUCACACCCAAGCUCUCAUUAGAAGGAAACGAAAUCAAAUUAUUAGAAUUAGGGAUCCUAAUGGGCUUUGGGUUGAGGGGGAUGUCCUCCAUCAUACCUUUAUUAAAGCUUUCAAACUCAGAUUCACGGCUAAGCAAGCUCCCAAUCCUCUUCUAAUGGCUGAUUUUCUCCACAUGAUCGAGCCUUAUGUCACUAGCCAAGAUAACGUGAAUCUGUUGGCUCCUGUCACAAACUUUGAACUAGAACGUGCUGUUAAGGGUAUAGGACCUCUUAAAGCCCUUGGCCCUGAUGGCUUGCAAGAUGUUAAUCACACCAACAUAGCCCUUAUUCCUAAAGUGGACUCCCCUAAGACUAUUAAUCAUUAUAGGCCCAUUAGUUUAUGCAAUAAAGGUUCUCAGGGAGCUAUGGCUAUCAAACUCGACCUUGAAAAGGCCUAG